AUGACAGACAAAAAAAUGAAGAAGAAGGCUCAACGUGCCACAAGUAACGUUUUCUCCAUGUUUGAUCAAAAACAAGUGCAAGAAUUCAAAGAAGCAUUUAAUCUCAUGGAUCAAGAUCGCGACGGCACAGUUAGUAUGGACGACUUGAAAGAAGUCUAUGCUUCACUCGGUAAAGCACCAAAAGAUGCCGAAUUAAAAGCUAUGCUUGAUGAAGCUCAAGGUCCAGUUAACUUUACGACAAUUUUGAGUUUAUUUGGAGACCGAUUAAACGGUACAGAUGAAGAAAAUGUUAUAUUAAAUGCAUGGAAAAACUUCGAUAAGGAAGGAACUGGAUUCAUAAAUCAAAAAAAUUUACGAGAAGUUCUUACAUGUGAAGGUCGUCCUGAUGAUCGAUUGACCGAUAUGGAGUUCAGUCAAAUGCUUGAUGGCGCCCCAAUAGAUCCAAAGGGAAAUCUUGACUAUGCUGCAUUUACUCGACAAAUCAAACGUGGCAAAGAAGACGAAUAA